AUGUUACAUGACUCGACUUCCGCAUCUCCAAGGCAUGUUGUAGCGCUACCUACUCGUUCAUCUGCACCGCCUACUCAACGUGUCCUACCUCCGCGCGAUGUUUCAGAAGAGAACAUCGCCGACGUAUAUGCUGCAUUCAUUCUGUACUGUAACCCGUAUUUCCCUCUGGAUAUCGAUACUUCUGAUUUGAAACGCAUUUUCCAAACUCCACCUCGCAGCGACGGCAAGGACUUCAGCAUCUACACUUUGUGGGAGCUCAUCCAAAGGUUCGACAGCAAAGAGAUCAAAACAUGGACACAAUUAGCCUUGGAACUGGGUGUUGAGCCUCCAUCGGUCGAGAGAGGUGGUAGUGUGCAGAAGGUGCAGCAGUACUCAGUCAGACUAAAGCGCUGGUUGCGCGCAAUGCAUGUCGACGCCUUCUUCGAGUAUUUGCUCGGCAAGAAGCAUACCUACUACUUAGAUCUGCCCCCACCGCACGAUCCGCAUCCUACUCGAGGUCGAGAUGGUGUACCAGCCGACGAAGAUCUUGCGAUCAGAGCUCUAGACCCUUCAUUUCGUCCCAAAAGAGGUCGGAAGAGAAAUGAGACGCCUGAGAAGGAUCCUGCCCCUCCAAAGAAGCCUUUGCUUACAACAUCUUUCUCUUACGAAGGACGAACUCUAUAUGCUCAGCCGCAGGCUUCCUACACUGCAUCCGCGAUUCCCUUAAGUGCUAGACCGGUGGAAAACUUCCACAAUGACAUGUGGACACCCACAAACACGGGCUCGGCACCAGGACGAACGAUACCUCAUUCUGCGAUGGCUGCCAGACCACCGCAAAAUCUCCAGUGGCAACUUCAUGGAUCUCACGACACACCAAUUACACCCCACCCUAUGUCAGCUCUUGAACCUCGAGCAUCAGGUCUGCCAUCAUAUGAUGAGCCAAUGUCGGCCGUUACUCCUGGAUCUUCCCGUGGUCGGUCUCGUCGCAAGCAUGGCCCGGCAGUAUCUUCUGCUUGGACCCACGCAACUGCGGCUAAUGCCAGAGCCAGAGGUAGGCCUCCCGGUAAACGAUCUGUUCAAGACGGGCCAUAUACCACGUUCCCAGCAGACCCGAACGCGGAGAGAUCAGCGUCGCAGAGGAGCACUCCAGCUGUCUCCUUAAUGCCAUACGAUACAGAAUCGCAUCUGCUGCGUCCGAAUGCCUACACAAAACCGCUGCACAAACCUGUCUUCCAGAUCUCCAAACCCUCUGACGCGGACGCUCCACGUCGGCCUGAGCGGGGACGUCUGUCUUUGCAAGUACCAGAAAGCACUGGUGGACCAAUUCAGCUCGCGACUCCAUCAGUUCUUGCGCAUGAAGACUUUGAUGAAACCUCGGCUGGAGAUUCAAUGCAAAUCGAUGCGAAGCCGGCGACUCCGCCGGCUACAAAGACGCCCGCCCAGCGUCAGAACAACAAUCCUGAGCCUGAGGCGGGACUUGCAUAUGAAGCUCUGAAACGCGUACUCGCCUCUGACCUCCUUCGUGCCGACCUGUCUGGCAGAUCGAGCAGACUGUUGGGGCCAGAAGCGAUGCGCUUAUCUGAUGCAAUUCUACAGCGGUUCAACGUACCUAGAGCAGAUUCAGACAAUAAGAGCGACGACGCCCUUCGCAUCGCGGCGACUAGUUGGCUCGGCGUAUCGCGUCAACUCGGAUUCGCUUCUGCAACUCCGUGUAAAGAGAAGGAAAUUGUGGUGCAGAGGUUUGCCAUCCGUGAUCAUGGUCUCGAAGAGCCGAUUGGACCAGAUGACCAAGCCGCCAGAGUUAGGGAGAAGUUUGAUAUUAGUUGGUCUGCUGGCUUUGGCGGAGUAGGUGGAAAGUUCUGCGUUGUCGGACUUGAGAUUGGACAGGAGCAGGUGGAUCCUAAUGAUGCCGAGGCUCGUGCGCAGGAGAUGAUUAAGGAAGUGGGUAAAAUGCCUGAGUCUGAGAUCGACUACAAAGCCAAGUAUAUGGCUCUGGAUUUCACGGUCAGGCUCAUGAAGGGACAGCUGAACAGGCUGCAGGACAAAGUGCUGGACGCUUUGUUGUAG